UUGGUGAAAUUUCCAUGAAGUUGAGCAAAGACGUGUCUUAUGGUGAAUAAUCUCAGUCAACAAGCAACUGAGUGGAAUUAUAGGACACAGAGGUCUAUUGUUGUCUAUCCACACACAAUGAAACGACAAAAAAGGGAGACUUGACUACUACCACAACUUGGACGAUCAUUUCUUAUAGUCCGCACACAGUUUGAUAAUUUUCAAACCUUUUUGUAAGGGAAAUUUAUGCUCAAAAUAACUAUGAAAUUCACCAUAAAUAAAAAUGCAUUUGAGGCACAUUGUGGUGAAGUGAGUAACAUAAUAAAUAAACUGCAAACUACAUGACUGGAGUUUGUUCCUUUCUAUCAACUGCAGUGUUUUGAAUUCUAAUAUAUACUCCAAUGUCCACGGGCACCUCCAGCUUGCCGACCACCUUCUCGAGUGACAAUUCUAGUUCCAAUGGAGGUGUAGUUCUAUUUAUGAUGGUUAUGGUUCUUGGAUUGAUAUUGAUAGGUAUUCUCAUUUGGUGCUCAGUGCCCAAAUGCAUAAAUUGGUUUGACGGUAUUCAGAAAUCAUCAUCUAGACAGACACCAGACACAAAAUUUAUGACACUCGCUGUGGAUAAGUUUCUGAAUGACAUGGAAAGAGAGAAGCUAAUCAGGUUCACUGAUCAACAGCUAAGGAUUGCAACUGAUAAUUACUCUUCUCUGUUGGGAUCUGGAGGAUUCGGAAAAGUUUAUAGAGGAAGUUUGAGUAAUGGAACCAUGAUUGCUGUGAAGGUUCUACGUGAGAGUUCUGACAAGAGAAUUGAUGAACAGUUUAUGGCAGAAGUGGGUACCCUUGGUAAAGUUCAUCACUUCAAUCUAGUUCAUCUGCAUGGAUUUUGCUUUGAAGCAAACUUGAGAGCUCUGGUUUACGAGUACAUGGUGAAUGGCGCGCUUGAAAAAUACCUGUUUCAUGAAAGCAUGACCUUAUCAUUUGAAAAGCUUCAUGAGAUCGCAGUUGGCACAGCGAGAGGCAUCGCUUACUUGCAUGAAGAAUGCCAACAGAGAAUAAUCCACUAUGACAUUAAACCAGGAAAUAUUCUCUUGGACAGGAAUUUCAAUCCUAAAGUUGCUGAUUUUGGUUUAGCCAAGCUUUGUAACCGGGAAAUUACACAUCUAACCUUGACCAAGAGUAGGGGGACUCCUGGUUAUGCUGCACCUGAACUUUGGAUGCCUAAUUUUCCUGUGACUCACAAGUGUGAUGUUUACAGCUUUGGAAUGCUGUUAUUUGAAAUCAUAGGCAGGAGAAGAAACCUUGACGUUGAACUUGUUGAAAGCCAGGAGUGGUUUCCAGUGUGGGUUUGGAAAAGAUUUGAGGCUGGAGAAUUUGAGGAGUUGAUAAUAGCAUGUGGGAUAGAAGAGAAAAAUGGGGAGAUAGCAGAGAGAAUGGUUAAUGUAGCUCUAUUGUGUGUUCAGUACAGGCCAGAUUUAAGGCCUAUAAUGAGGGAUGUGGUGAAAAUGUUGGAAGGUUCUGUUGAAGUUCCAAAACCUGUGAUUCCGUUUCCACACUUGAUUGAUUUGACUUCCACCACUGGUCCGGUCCAAGCAUCACAAACCAAUACUGAUGCAAGUAUUGGUUAUUACUCUUCAGCAAUGACAACCAAAUCUGUCAAUGUACUUGGCACUCCUACUACGACCAAGUAUGAGAUUAAAUUAGCCUCUGUGUAGAAUUUAUUCAAUGAUUCCUAAAAGAUCCACCAAUACAAAUUGGUGACAAAAUGGUAACGUUGUUUUUCUUUUCUUUUUCAUUUGGCUUCUUACAUGAUGAUUGUAAAUACUUAUAAAGUGCGUGUGUCACAGAAAGAAGAGAAAAAGUGCAUGUGUCACAGAAAAAAGUGCAUGUGUCACAAAAAAAGUGGUAACGUUGCAAAAAGGAACAAUUGCUCCAGGUUGUGCAAUAGUGUGGCUAGAGAAUAUUAAGUGCAUGUGUCACAGAAAGAAGAGAAAAAGUGUGUAAUAGAGGGGACAUUAGUGGGUAUGUGAAUGAGGAAAGAUGAAAGAGAAGGCAAGAAUCUUUGAACUAAGUUUAGUCGAGAGAUAUUGUUGUAGUGUGUGAGAACUGUACAUCUAAUCAAAGCAGUUAUUGUGUUGUUACAUUGAGCAA